CGCCUGAGUUGGGACAGUGAGCUACCUGAUAAUUUACAAAAGGAAUUUUUGGAGUGGUCUAAACAUAUUCACUUGCUGAACGACUGCCGAAUCCCACGUCGACUUACUUGUAAGCCUAUAGACAAAUGUGAAAACAGUCUGCAUGUCUUUUGUGACGCAAGCAAGGUUUCAUUUGCAACUGCUAUCUUCUUACGAAGUGAUUAUGAAGGAGAAGUCACUGUACAACUAGUCCAAGCCAAAUCGCGCGUGUCCCCAAUCCAUGAGGUCAGCAUACCGCGUUUGGAACUGAUGGCAGCAUUGAUUGCUACACGGUUAUAUCUUCAGGUUAAACAAGCCUUAGAUAUGUCAAACUGCCGCGUUUUUUUCUGGACUGACGCAAGUGUAGCUUUUACCUGGAUUACUACUGAAGGUGAUUGGAACAUAUUUGUCAAGAACAGGGUUAAAGAAAUCCGACAGCAUACAAACGUGGAAGAUUGGCGUCACUUACCAGGCAUAAUGAACCCUGCCGACUUACCAUCUAGAGGCUGCAACGCCAAACAACUGCUGAAAAGCAAAUGGUGGGAGGGACCUGCCUGGCUAAAAGCAAAAGAAAGUGAAUGGCCUAAAUCUCAAUUAAUCGUAGAUGAGCGAGAAGUUAACAAAGAAAGUAAGAAAGUAGUUCUUGUUAACACUACUACAGACUAUAGUACAUUCCUGUCUUCGCUAACCUACUUCUCCAAAUACACUAUGAUAGUGAGGAUGGUAGCAUGGAUAUUGAGAUUUUCGUACAACUGUAAAAAUGCAGAAGAUAAACAGAGUGGUGAACUGACCUGUGAAGAGUUCCAGAGUGCUGAGAAGAGGCUCCUGAAGAUUCUUCAGACCGAAAGGGCAGAAGUAGAUCAAAAAAAGAUGAACAAUUUGAAGAUGUUUAAAGACGAAGAAGGCUUACUGAGGAUUCGCACUAAAUUAGUUCUCAGCGACGAGCCUUCUGACUUUGUCUGUCCGAUUUACUUGCCGGGCAAACAUGUGAUUAUUCAAAGAUUAGCUUUGAUCAAUUCAAGACCUUUAACCUACGUCGCGGACAACUCCGAUAAGCUAAAACCCAUCACUCCCGCGUGCUUCACACAAGGGCUUCCUUCGAGCGAGAUGCCGGACUUAGACCAGCUCGAUCAUGACUCACUCAACAGGCGCCUCAGGUAUCUUCAUAAGUUGAGGGAAGAUCUACGAGAAAGGUUCAGGAACGAGUACAUCGGGAUGCUCAUCCAGAAGGGCAAGGAGAGGGACUCUCAUUUAAGGGUAGGUGAUGUAGUUUUAAUAGAGACAGACUCUAAGCGUAUUAAGUGGCCUUUAGGGAGGAUUGUAGAAACCUUUGCUGGUGCUGACGGUUACAUAAGAGUAGCCAAGGUACGCACUGCUGAUGGAGAGUAUACACGAGCAGUUCAACGUUUGUACCCACUUGAAGUGCCAUCAGACACAAUAUAAGGAAGAGUUUUGGGCCUCUGCCCCAAAAGGUGGGAGAAUGUUACGAACUCUUUUAGUGUUUGUGGUCAAGUUAAAUGUCAAAAUAUUUAAAUUUAUGUUUUCUUAUUGAUUGUUAUGUUCUUCUGUAUGUCACUCUAGGAAUAAAUGGCGAAACGUUUCGCCAUGACCCUUUACCGGCUCAUUAUUUAUUU